AAAAUUGACUAUCAAUUUUGAACGAAAGUGAAAUGGAUUAUUUGGCGAUUGAUCUUUAAAAGUCGAUCAAUUUUAUAUCUAAAAAAUUGUGAAAUUUUUGUUUUGAUUUUCGUUCUUCCCUCUCAAUCUGUUUACUUUUUUUCUACUUUAUAAUUGUUUCAAAUUCUCAUCCUCAUAAGACAAUUUGAUGUCUAAUGGCUGUUUUGCAACUUUAUCGAUUUACAAUAACAUUGUCUACUUUGGUGUUGAUAAGUUUUGCUGUGAUGAAAUUCAUUUAGUCUCAGCUGGUAUUAAGUUUUCCCAAGUUUGUCAAAUCCAAGAAAGAUCUCGUUUCAACAUCACCAUUCCACCAAUUGAUGUACAACGAGCCUAUUUUGACAGUAAAACUGAUGACAAUUUGUCAACCCUGAUCCUAGAAACUGUUCCCAAUUCUGGAACUACAAUACGCGACACCUUGAGAAUAGAGCCCAAUCAAGUUGAUAACUCAGGAUCUCUUCGUGUUGUUGUUCAAUUAAACGGAAACGGUGAAGAAAUUUUUCAAACUAUUGAAGAUUAUUUUUCGCCUUUGGAUCAAGGACUUGGAGAUUUGAGAGAACCUUAACUAUAAGUGUCCAUCAAUAUUUUGAUUUCCUGAACAAUUAUUCUCAGCAAUUGACAACAACAACACCAUCAUCCACUCUUGGGCCAUCUUCAAUGCCUGCACAGUCUUUUAAAACGAACGUUUUAAGACCCAAAUCAGAUGAAUCAUCUUCCAUGAUUGAUGGAGAUCGCAAUAGAAACCAGCGUAACUCAAACGACUCAGCAUCAAAUAGUGAUGCUGUUCUCUUCAGUUAUCCACCCAACGAAACUGAAUGUAUUUCAAUUCGGCAAUCUGAUCUGUCUUGUUUGGAGGAAGGGCAACAAAUAAACGAUCAAAUCUUGAGUUUCUAUCUUAAAUAUAUCGAGAGAGACUUAACAUCACCAAAUAUUGCCGAAAGAAGCUACAUUUUCAGUCCAUCUUUUUACUUCAAGCUCACCCAUAAACUCGAGCAUCGAAUGCUGAAGACCAUCAAUCACUUUCUGAAAAAUAUCACAAUAGAGUCAAGAAUUGGACAAAAGAUAUAAACAUAUUCGCAAAGGACUUUAUUAUUAUCCCAAUCAACAAAUCUUGUCAUUGGUUUUUGGCAAUCAUAUGUUAUCCAAGAAAAGUUCCAUUCAUGGGCCAGGAUUUACCGAUAGAAAUUGAAAAACACCCAAAAAGGCCCCGUAUACUUUUCUUAGAUUCACUUCAAAGUGCUCAUGAUAAAUGUGGAUUAGCUGCACCAUUAAGACACUUUCUAACCAAAGAAUGGCAAGUCAAGAUAUCGUCAAAGAAAAAUUUUGGUAAAAGUGCAAUUCCUGAUAUUUAUCUCAAGGUGCCUAAGCAUACAACGCCUUUGAUGGAGGCCUUUAUGUGAUUACAUGCAUUGAAAAUUUCUUGAGAAAUCCUGAUUAUUUACUUGAAAAAUUUGCUUAGAUCCUGCUAUUGAUCUUGGAGAUUGGUUUCUUCUACAUUGGCCUCUUCUAAACGACGAACAAUCAAAAGAUUGAUUAAACAACAGAGAGAAGCAGCUGAGAAAAAUGAAAAUGGUGUUAAAUGAUGAAAAUUGAUGACGUUAGUUGAUAACUGAUUCUCUCCCAGAUAAUUUCAUUUCAAUAAUUAGUAUCAACAUUAUAACGAAAAAUUUUGAGAAAUGAGGGAAGAUUCAAUUCAAUCAUUGGAAAAAAAUCUUCUGUACCAUUUAUUUAACGUUUCAUAUAAAUUUCGUACCAAAUGAUUCAGAUGAAUCAACCGUAAGAAUGGUAAUCCAUUUUAUAAUCUAAUUAUAAUCUUGUUAUUUGCUUGUUACAGUUAAAGCAGCAAUGUAAAGAUUAUAUCUGUUAUUGAAAAUUAAUGUGUUUGAUUCAAUUUAUUCAAAAGUUAAUCCAUCAUCUAUGAGAAGUUAAUCUGUAGAAUCUAAUCUCUAGAAUUGUAAAUCUCUAUGAUGGCAACCUAAUUGUUGGUCAAAAAUUGACAUUUAAUCAAACUUUAUUCUAUGUGUAACUUAAAGAGAGGGAAAAUGGAAAAGUUAUUCUCUCUGAGAUGUUCCGUUCUUAGAUUUUUCAAUGAAUCGAAACUCGAACAAAAAAUCGAUUAUUCAAAUUCAAAUUUCGCGGGAGAGAAAAUCAAACUUCUUAUUGGUCAAGUGACUUGGAUCAAGUGUUUACUUUUUGUUGGCAAGUUGGAACGAAAAAGUUUCAAUAAAAUUCUGGUUUCUGCAAAUAUUUAUAUCUCUCUAUAAAUCUCCAUCGUUCUUAUCUAUCCACGUGUUUUUUACUUUGGCUGGUUCCAAAUUCUCUUUUCUUUUUUAAUACGACAAUUUGAUGUCUCACAUGGACAAUCAACUUUUAACCGUCUACAAACACUCAGUCUACUUUGGUGUUCAUAAAUUCACCUGUAAAGAAGUUCGUUUAAGCCCAAGAGGAAUUAAAUUGGUCCAAAUAUUAAGAUUGGAAGAUUUCACAUUUUCCGAUGUUUUCAUUCCACCAAUUGAUAUACGACGAGCUUAUUUUGACAGUAAAACUGGUGACAAUUUGUCAACCCUGAUCAUAGAAACUGUUCCUGAAUCUGGAAUUAAAAUAAGCAAAGAAUUACAAAUUAAACCCAAUCCAGCCCAUGGAGACACUCAAGAAUCCAUUCGUGUUCUUAUUCAAUUUGCCGGAAAAGGUGUAGAAAUUCAUAGAAAGUUGCAUGAAUAUUUUUCGUGCUUUGCUGCAUUCACUUGGAAAUUUGAGAGAGUUUUAUCGCGAAGUGUCCAUAAAUAUCUUGAUUUCUUGAACAAUCAUUCUCAACAAUCAUCAACACGAGAAACGAACGUAUCAAGUCCAAAUUACGACAAUUCAGUGUUCAACAUGGAGGUUAAUCAAACUUUGUCAGUUCACAAUAAUUCUGUCUACUUUGGUGUUCAUAAAUUCACCUGUGAAGAGAUUCAUUUAAUCUCAGCAGGUAUUAAGUUUGUUCGAGUUUCCUCACCAGGAAGACCAGAUUUUGUUAUGACCAUUCCACCGAUUGAUAUACAAAGAGCCUAUUUCGAUAGUAGAACAGAAUUGUUAACCCUGAUCUUAGAAACUGUUCCAAGUUCGAGUUUCAAAAUAUGCGAAUCAUUACAAAUAAAACCGAAUCAAAGUGAUCACAUUGAAGGAACCAUUCGUGUUGCUGUGCAAUUGAAGGGAAAAAGUCAAGAAAUUCAGAGAUCAUUGGAAGAAUAUUUUGCCAUCUUCAAUUCGAUCACUUGGAAACUUGAGAGAACCUUAUCUCUUAGUGUCCAUCAAUAUUUUGAUUUCUUAAGCAAUUAUUCACAACAACAACAUCAUCAUCAUCUUCCCUUGGAUCAUCUUCUACAAUUAAAUCAGACUCCUAUUCAGAUUGGGAUCAAGACUGAAUCUACAAUAUCAAAAUCGAAUGAAUCAACAACUAUUACUUGGCACAAAAUAAAUCGUGAUGCUGGAAGUGCCACUGAUCGUAACGUAACAGUCACGAAUAGUGAUGAUCAUCUCUUUAGUUAUCCACCUGACGAAACUGGAAGUAUCCUAGUUCGCAAAUCAGAUCUGUCUUGUUUGGAAGUAGGACAGUCUUUAAAUCAUACAAUAUUAGAUUUUAUCUUAAGUACAUCGAAAUAGAUUUGACAGCACCAGAUAUUUCCAGAAGAAUUUACUUAUUUAGUUCAUUUUUCUAUGACAAGCUCACUGAUGUGCCUCAAGCAAAGGAGGUUGAGACUUCGGACUACCAAACGCUUUCUGAUGGAUACUACAAUAGAGUCAAGAAUUGGACGAAAGAUAUUGAUAUCUUCAAAAAAGACUUUAUAAUUAUCCCAGUUAAUCUCCAGAAUUGUCAUUGGUUAGUGGUUGUCAUAUGUUAUCCAAGAAAAGUUCUAUCCGUUGGUUCGGCUGCAAAGAAAGAAAAAAGUACUUUUUAAUUACAUCAAGUUUAUCUGAAAUUCAUCUCUGAUCCUCUUAAACUUUUCCCUAUUUAGACCAUGCAUACUAAUCAUGGAUUCACUGCAAGAAGAUAAUAGUAGACGUAGAUUAGCUGAGCCAUUACGGCAAUUUCUAGCUAAAGAAUGGGAAUCAAAGAAAAAAACAAAGAAAAGUUUUAGUAAAAGUGUAAUGCCUGAUAUUUAUCUCAAGGUGCCUAAGCAAAACAAUGACUUCGACUCUGGACUUUAUGUACUACGAUGUAUUGAGAUUUUCCUAAGAGACCCGGAUGGUUUGUUCGAGAAAAUCCAAGAUGAUUCUUCUAUUGAUCUUGGAGAUUGGUUUUCUCUUGCACUGGUCUCUUCUCAGCGACGAACAAUUAAAGAUUGAUUAAGCAACAGCGAGAAGCAGCUGAGAGAAAGAAAAUCAUCAGGGCGAAAUGAUGGAAACUGAUGAUGAUAGUUGAUAGCUGAUUUUCUUCUAACUAAUUCGGAAUCAAUUUUACUCGGAUUAAAUGAGUACACCAUAAUUUCAUGGAUUGGAGAAAAUUAAUUAUUAACUCACUAACAAUUGGAGAAAAAUCUUUGCACCAUUUAACUUUUGAGUGAUAAUUUCGAGCCAAUUGAUUAAGAUGAAUCAAUGAACAUGGUUAAUUGAUAUUACAAUUUAAUUGUACAGUAGUCUUUUUAUUUAAUUUUUACUAUAAAAGAAACAAUGAA